UCUCACUUCACUCCCUCUGCCUUGUCAGUUUGACUGUGACUUACUUGCUGCUCGUGUUUGGAUUCUGAUGACUGCACAGCAGAUGAAGUGCAGGAUAAGAGCAAUUCAACAAUAUUUCCAAGUGUGUGUCUGGGCGCUGUAACCAGGCAGAGCUCAAGAGCACCGUCUUCUGGCAAAGAAAAAAACACAUCUGGGGACUCUGGUGGAUUACACUGUAUAAACUGCAUGUAAUCCCUCCAUUUAUUGAAGGAGCGCUGGCAUUUUUUGUGUGUAUCCACUUGAUAAAUUCUUCACCACUUCUACUGCUGAAAGCACGUCACCAAAGAUGACUUUGUAGCUACUGACACCCAGAACAGAAGAAAAGCAACAUCAAGUAUGAAGGCUUUAAAUUCUUCUCUUGGAUGGACUCCAACUUCAGCCCCCACCUCCUCUAUCCCAUCAUGUUCAUGCCACUUGCAGUUCUUUUGUGAAUACCUGGAAAAAUCUGUCAUUGAAAAACAUUACAACUACACUGACAAGCUGAGCAACCGCGAUGGGCUCAAGCCUGAGAGCAUUGUGUUCCUGGCAGUGUGUGUCCUCAUCAUCCUGGAGAACGCUAUUGUUCUGAUUGCCAUUUGGAGGAAUAAAAAGUUCCACCUGCCCAUGUAUUACCUCCUGGGAAACCUGACCUUUUCAGACUUGCUGGCUGGCAUUACCUACAUGGCCAAUAUCCUCAUGUCGGGAAAAAAUACUUUAAAACUGACACCCUUGGUGUGGUUCAUCAGGGAGGGAGGGGUUUUUAUCACUCUGGCUGCCUCUAUUAUUAGUUUACUAGCAAUUGCGAUUGAACGCCAUGUCACAAUGGUGACUAUGAGGCCAUACCAUGGGGCAAAGCGUGGACGGAUGUUGGCGUUAAUUGGUGCAAGCUGGGCCCUGGCAGGGUUUUUGGGAGUACUCCCAAUUUUGGGAUGGAACUGCAUCCACAGACUGGACCAGUGUUCAACGGUGCUCCCACUUUAUGCCAAAAGCUACAUUCUGUGCUGUGUGUCUGUGUUCAGUGCUGUGCUCCUGGCCAUUGUGGUGCUUUAUGUGCGUGUUUUCCGCAUUGUUCGUACCAACACACAGCGCCAGCGCCUCGGCCUGUCAGGCAGCAUGAGGAAGGGCCUAGCCAGGAAGUCAGAGAAGUACAUUGCUCUCCUCAAGACAGUCACCAUUGUAUUGGGAGUCUUCAUUGCCUGCUGGCUGCCACUUUUUGUUCUCCUUCUGGUGGAUUUUUUCUGCCCCACUGACUCCAAAUGCUCCGUGCUCUACAAGGCUGAUUACUUCCUGGGGGUAGCCAUUUUCAACUCACUCCUCAACCCCAUCAUCUAUACACUGACCAGUAAGGACAUGAGGAGAGCCAUUCUGAGGCUGCUCUGUCGGCCGUGUCUAAUGACCAAAGAUGGGCAGGUGAAGAAGAUUGGGAUACCCUUCCUGGAGUGCAGUUUCAGUAAAACUGAGGUGCCCUCCCACAAGUUAGAACCGGGGCUGGAGACCACCAUUUCCUCUGGAAACAUCAUCACCACACCAUCUCCAAUUAAAACCCUUUACCCUAAACUCUUCAAGUCAUAAGGACAUUGACUGACUGAGUCCAAAAAAAUGUGUGAAUGGGUUUCCCACUGAACAGAGGACAUGUAGCACAUCCUGUAGAGACAGACAGUUCUGGUUUUUCAAAUAGCUAUAAUCAGGGGGGCGUAUGAAAGAUGAUUUCUCACCUUUAACAGGUUACAUGUGGUGCAGUUAUGACAAUUUAACUGAAUCAACAAUUUUCAUUUUGAUAAAAAGACCAAACCAAAGGUGAAAGGAUGCAAUUCAAAUGUGAACAAGCAACGCUUUUUUUUUUUUAUGAAUAUGAUGCUAGCAAUGAGUCUCUUUUAUUAAUUUGCACUGACAUCUGCAUCGUUGGAUUCAGUUUCCUGUGCCUCUGUAGUUUGUGUGAAGCCUAGAAGGACACUUCUAUAAACUCAAAGACUAAAAUACUGAAAAAUAUGUACUUGCUGGAAUAAUACUGAGGCUAAUUUUUCUCUUCUUGCAGUUUCCUAAAAUGCCUUAAAGUCAGCAUAACCACUCCUAACAGUUGCAGUGUAUAAUCUGUGCAUCUGCACAUACCUGGCCUUCGCUGGUUCGAAGACUGAUGGUGUGCUAGAUUUGCACAGAUAAACGUGGGGUUACCCCAACACAUAUCUGUGUACGUGAUGUAAAGGAAUUAGGAUAACAGGAAAGAGGUGGCGCUGUUGGUAAAGCAUGCAUAUAUAGUAUGUGGGAGAGGAGGCGCAGAAUUAAACCUCCCACAGUUUUGAAAUGACAGAUGCUUAACCUGACUGCGGUAGACGUGGAAAGUUGUUGGGGUCGUGUCCAAUUUUUUGAAAUGUCAGCCUGACAUCUGCAGUAAAAACUGCUACAUUGACAAAAUGUCAGCAUAUCUACCAUGGGAUUAACUGACAGAUGAUGUCACAGAUAAUGCUUACUUUCCACUGGCUGAUAACCUAACUCCAACUGAACCCAAAUCAGCUGCCAUUGCGUCACUUCAAGGAUUUAUGUUCCAGCUCAUGAAGAAGAAGCCUGUUAAGAAGAAGCAAUUAACCUUCAUCAUUCAGCUGCAUCACAGAUUUUAUGGAUAAAAACAUUCCUGCCUUUGUAAGCUACAGGUCAUGCUGAAUUGGUAUAAAAUUACCAAACAAUUAUUCCUUCCUUUCACUGUUCAUUAGGAUAACACAACAUUUCUGGUUAUAGUUUAAGGUACUGAAUUAUUUUUUAUUAUAAAAAGAGUGCAGUCUUUC